UAAAUACACCGUUAAGUCUGUUUUUGAUACAGUGUUCAUUUAAAAACUAGUGAAAACAAUAACGUGUGUAUAUAAAUUAAAACGCAACAGUUGAAAACCCAACUUAUUAAAAAGUUUGUCUUAUCUUGGAAAAAACACAAAGAUGCACACCGCAGCUGUGUGUCUGUUUCUGUUGUCUGUGCUGAUCACAUAUGUCUACGCCGUCGUUGAAACCUCAGAUGCACCCUUGCACAUGGCGCAUUGCUACGGUGUUAUGAAGAAACGGACAACACUUGCUAAGACGCCGGCUUCCGCUAUUCAACAUUUCUGUGAUAACAAUUACAUGUGGAUGAAAGCACAGGAGAUUAAUAUAAAGCGUGGCGUGCCUCAAACUGCACAGACUUACAUCCAACAUCUGUAUGAAGGUGUUGUCAACCGAGCCACCCUAAAGCAGAGAGUGCGACGUAAGCGCCAAGCUGGUGAUCCAACUCCAGCCCCGACACCCAAAGUCAGGAAGGAAAUUCGUAUGAUGAGCGACGCUGAAAUCAAACUCUUCUUUGAUGCCGUCAACAGCGCAAAACAGAACACUACAAUUGCUCCAAACAAAUAUGACGCCUUGGCUGAGAUGCACACGGGAAUCACGUCGCUUUCAGCUCACGGUGGCUGCAACUUCCACGGCUGGCAUCGAGUCUACCUUCAUAUGUUUGAAAACGCUUUACGAGAGGAGGGUCCACAGUUCGCUGAAGUGACGGUACCUUACUGGGAUUCCAGACUUGACAACUACAUGACGGGGGAUAAGACACGGUCAGCCCUGUUUAGCGAUCGGCUGAUGGGAAAUUGUUCUGGACAGGCAAGAGGUGGGAUAAUGAGAAACGGUUGGGAGUCAACAACGGGCACAAUCACAAGAAACUGCGGAACUGAUGGGCCUUUACUCAACGAUGAAAUGGUAAACAAUAUAACGAAGCAAACUCGAAUGAGAGAAAUAUGUGGAGAAGAUUCCAAUAUAGAUCACGACUGGGAAUUCCACCACAAUGGCAUUCAUCGAUGGAUCGAUGGUCAGAUGGCAAUAUUAGAUUCGGCUGUGUAUGAUCCAAUCUUUUGGAUUCAUCACACAUUCGUAGAUAAGGUAUGGGAAGAUUUUAGAAAAAAUCAAAAACGUGCCGGCGUUGAUUCACAGACGGACUACCCAACAAAUCCAACAGUAAUGGGAGCCCAUGAACUUCAUCUCCCGGAGGCAGCACUGGGCUUUUCGGAUCUGAGAGUUAUCGAUGGCUUAAGUGACAUAUAUACAGAAGAGUUUUACACAUAUGACCCCUCACCAACUUGUGUUGAUUCAACCGUUGGAUGUGGCUCAAAGUAUUUAAAAUGCGUAGAAAACACUGAUAAGAAGAUAGACCAGUCUCCAUUCAGAUGUGUAGCACGCACACUUAAAGAAGUAGAAGAGUACGAGGCAGAACUUAAUAAGCCAAAGCCUGUAGAAUGUGCCCGAGUGAUUAAUAUUACUUUACCUGAAUACACUCACAAUUCUAUUGAUCCUGUACAGAACACAUUCUGCAUGAAUGGAAAUAGUGAUAUUUCACAGUGGGUGUACAUUCCCAUUAAACUGAUCUUGAGGCGUCCACCAGAUUACAAAAGUUACGGUUCUUAUCCAGUCAAUGGCGGCAAACUCGACACGAGGAUGGGAGAUAUUUAUUCACCAAGCGCUUAUAGCAACGUGCAGCGAUACCUUAGAACUCGACCAGAACAGCCAGCCACCUACGAUGAAUGCUUGGAAUCAAGUGAUCCUACCAACACAAUCUACGUAAAAUCGGUCGGUCUCAACUACGCCGGUGUAUACAAGGAGUAUGCAAUCAUGGAUAAACGUUUGGCAAUCACAGUUGCAACAGCAUAUCUGGCUGUCCGAAAACCACAAUCACCAACCGAUACUUCCGUGGCAAUAUUACACGCACAGGACUCGUGUGGACGGGUCUGCAAACCGGUGUGCAAGGUUCCGGGUACCGAAAUUUUCCGACCGUGCUCUGGCGCCAUCAAGGUCACUGGAGGAAAACCUCUGCAGUUUGGUAACACGUUUGGUGAUGCCGUACUGGGCGUGUUCGACUUCGACACCGAUGCCAACUGUCCGCAGGUGAAGACGGAGACGAUUAUCAUGAGCUUUUAUUGUGACUAUGGAACAGAGUGGUUCUGGCCCUCCGUGGACCCAGCUCUGAAAAAUGAAGCAUGCGAUUUAGGUAAUGGAUGCAAGAUCGCAAAGUCGUGCGCAGCAGCGCAAAACUGCACAAACGGAGAGGUCAUUGAGUGCGCAGGGUUGUGUCACAUGUACGCCGCAUGUUUCAAUCAAAAACUGAUGCUGUAUCAAUGCAGAAGGGGUGAGAGGUAUUUGAAAGGCAGAGGAUGUGUGGAUUCAAGGACCAACCCUUGCGAAUAUGCCACCACGGGACCAAGGGGCCGAAGGGAAGCUCUUCGAAAACGGAGGAACACAAUACAAAGGACAAAAAAAAUAAACAAUAACCAGUACAAAUGAAAUGAAUGGUGUUACUGUGAUUAUUUAUUGUAUGUCUUUUUCAUUGCUGUAAGAUAUCCUUAUUUUGUAAGUGCAUAAUCUCAGGCAUCAUAUAUUGUGCCUAUGUUAUGUUCUAAAAUGUUGCCAAAACACAUCCAUCUCUUCAUUAUGUUAAAGAAGAAACACAAAAUGUGUUCAGAUUAUAGUCUUCAUGAAUGGUUAUCCUAAUAGCCAGGUUAAGUUGUUGAUACUUUUAUUUUGU